UCAUGCUGCUGCCAGGUCCAGAGUGUGUCAUGGGUCCCUGUACGGCCUCCCAUUGCUGCUGUCUCCAUCGCCACACUCUGCCAUGUGCCACUUUCAGGUCUCCUCACACUGCUGGUGGGUUCCAUUUUGUCAUAGGGUGCUGGCAGAUUACGGGCCUCCCAUUGCUGCUGCCAGGCCCGUAAUCUGUCAUGGGCCCCUGUACCGCCUCCUCAUGCUGCUGCCAGGUCCAGAGUGUCUCAUGGGUCCCUUUACGGCCUCCCAUUGCUGCUGCCUCCAUCGCCACACUCUGCCAUGUGCCACUUUCAGGUCUCCUCACACUGCUGGUGGGUUCCAUUUUGUC